CACAGCAACAACUCUUGAAGAGGCAAGAGAGGCAGUCAGUGACGCAUCAGAGGAACUGUCCCUGAUGGGUUCUCUGCGCUUCCUCAAAACUCUAGAGGAGAGGGAUGAACUGGUGACCGCUGUCCUGGGGUUCUACACUGAGGGUCGAGUCCAUGCUCCCCUUCAGCAGUUCAGAGAGGGCCUCAGCGUCUUCGGUGCUCUGGCUGCAAUGGAGGAGCACUGUGAUGUCCUGGCACCAGUCUUCCUGGCAGACCAGAAAGUGCUGUGUGCCUCAGAUCUGGUUACACUGUUUGUAACACGCAGCUUCUCACUGGCUGGAUCCAACAGGAAAAGAGCGGAGCUAAAAACCAUCGCCUAUUGGAGAGACUGGCUCCUGCAGGUGGAGGAUGGCGCAUCCCCGCUGAGCCUGGGAGAUGUCCUUAUUUUUUCCACUGGACUAGACAAAAUCCCAGCAAUGGGAUUUCCCACACAGCCGGAGCUGGAAUUUCUCCAUCCGGAAGAUGGACCGGCCAUGUUCCCUAUGGCAAAUACAUGUGGACCAGUACUGCGCCUGCCUGUACAGCCAACAUUCCCCAAAUUUGAAAGUGCUAUGGAUAUGGGGAUUGGGGGCGCAAUUCAAUUUGGCAUUCAGUGAAAAAAAUUUCAGCCGUGCUCUCAGUUUUUGUUGUUUCAGUUCCAAAUCUUUUUCAGUUUUUUAUAAAAAAAAUGGGAUUGACAGAAAAAAUGUUGUUGUUGAUUUCCAAUAUAUGUGAUUAAUAAGGUGCAACGUUGUUUUUUCUUUUCUUUUAAAUUCUUGCCCUGUUAUGUAUGUGGCACUGUUAUAGGCUGGCGACCUGUCCAUG